UACAGGCUUAUUUUGGUUCUUCAUGCGUCCCCAUUCUGGUGAAGCCAAGGCGCUAUUCCCCGUUCGUCUAUGCAUUGCAUCCCGGCGGCUUCUUCCUACGUCCACACAAUCAUAAGAAACCCCGGGCUCGCCGGUGAGCGAUCGAUCGAUCCCCGUCGCUCGCAGCGCAGUUUCAGACACGAACAAUGUCGGAGAACGCGGGGGCCCGGCCGCCAAUGUCGGACAGCACGGCGACCAUCAUCGACAUCAUCCUCGCCAUCAUCCUCCCUCCCCUCGGCGUCUUCAUCAAGUACGGCUGCGAGCUUGAAUUCUGGAUCUGUCUCCUGCUGUCAUUUUUCGGAUACCUGCCAGGAAUCAUAUACGCCGUCUACGUGAUAUUAAAAGAGUAGAGAGUCUCCACACGUCGAUAAUUCAUGCAUUAGAUUCUCCAAUCCGAAGCCCAGCGGGAGAAUUGAAGGCUUACACAUAGGCAAGAACAGUUCUUCGAAAUCCGAAGGAGAAAAAAAAGGAAGAGGGCAGUUGAAAUUGGAACAAUUGAAGGAGUUGUUCCCCGCAGUUUUAGGCUAUAUUUUUUAUUUUUGUUCUUGGAGAGGAUUAGUUAUUCCUGUCUGGAAUAGCCAGACAGUAGAAAUCCCAGGCGAACCUGUAAUUGUACCCAAAAACAUGCAGCGCAUAUGAACAGAUUGUCUUCUCCAGUUCAAAAAAAAAAGAUUGUCUUCUCGACAUGUGGGUGCCUUAUCUUUAUCACAUUUGCACUUGCAGUUC